ACUUUUCACGUUUCAGAAAUGCAUCUGCUACUCCUUCUAUCAAGCUCUCUCGUCAUCCAAGCGGCAGUGGUUAAAGAAAAAUGCAAUGGUGUUACCAUCAACCAAGUAUACCACGACAAGGAAGUUCUAAAAUCGGACAUUGAUAGACCGUACUUGAUGACUGUAGAUUACAGCACUAACACUCUGUAUUUCAGCUAUAGCGUUAACAAAGAAGACGAUGUAUUCAAAACAGCAUUUAUCAACCUAAACACCAGAGAGUUCGGCGACGUAGCCGGAGUAUCCAACGGUUUUGCACAAACAGUAGACCAGAAGAACCACGAAGUGUACAUAGGUGGCAGCGAGGGUAUAUACAAGUAUAAUCACAUGUCCAAGAAAGCAGAAUAUGUUGGUGAGGGAGACGCUAAUAUAUGGACUCUUUACUUCAAGGACAUUUUGUACUAUUCAGACUUUCCAAGACAAUUCCUUUAUACUUUCAUCGACGGUACUUCCACGAGGUUCAAAGAUCUAGAAGACACUAAAGUCGAUCACUUCGUCAUUGACAAUGAAGAUGUACUAUUCUACACAAAUGCUACUGGUUUGUUUGGACAGAAGAAAGGCACGAAAGAUGCUGUGUUAUAUAAAGAGACUCAAGGUGAUAGCGUGCGGGGUUUGACAACAGAUAUAAAUGGAAAUGCGUAUGUAUGUAUGAUGGAUGGUAUUUACAAAGUUAAUAAGGAAGAAGUGAGUCUAGAUAAAGUAUUGGCGGUAGAUGAUGCGUUCGGCCUUGCGUUUGAUAAUGAAAAUCAUAUGGUUUAUUCUAAUGCAACGAGUCUGGUUAGACUGAAACCUAGUAAUGAUUGUUCGGAUUAAUGUU